UUAAAGAAGUUUUUCAAAAUGAUGCAACAAUAUAUGAAAGAAUUGGAACAAGAGCCUUUUGAUCCUGAAGAAUUUGUUGAACGUCUAGCUUGGAGAACUGUUAAUGAUAAAACAAAAGAUGGGGGCAAAGCAUUUUUUGAUCCUGUCAUUGUACAUGAGACUUUCUUACAAGCUAUUAAGGAUUUACAAAUUUUACAAGAACGUCAGCAGAAAAAGUGUGACAAGCUUGAAGCUGGUUUAAAAGAUGAAGAAGCCAGACAUGCGCUUGAAAUAUUAGAUUUACAAGAAAGAAAUAAACAUUCGAUUGACUUAUUUCAUCAGUUAGACGAAAGAAUAAAUUCUGUUGCUACCAAAGUUCUUCAUUUAGGAGAUCAAUUAGAAAGUGUUAAUAUACCAAGAGCUAGAGCAGUUGAAGCUCAAAAACUUAUGCGACACUUUUCAGAAUUCUUAAGUCCUGGACCUUUAACUGAUCCAAUUUUUACAGAUAAAACUUCAUUAGAUGAGGCAGCAGAUGUAAUUCAGAAAUUACAUCUCAUUGCUCAAGAGUUACCUGCAGAAAAAUUUGAACAUGCAAAGAAAAAGAUAAGCGUUAAAUAUGAUGAAAUCGAGCGUAAUCUGAUAGAAGAAUUUGUUCAAGCACAUAAUAGAGAAGAUGCAGUUCGAAUGAAAGAAUUAGCAUCUGUAUUAUCUCAAUUUAAAGGUUAUUCACAAUGCAUUGAUGCAUUUAUAGAACAAAGUCAAAUGGGUUCAUUUGGUGGAAAAGACGUUUUUCAAGAUGUGAUACCCAUGUGUACAAAAUACAAUAAAUUAAUGGAACAAGUAUUUUCUAAUCCAGAGCAAGUAAUGGCAAAAUUUGUCCUAAAUAUUUACCAUCUACGACUUCAAAAAUAUGCUGUUGCUAAACUGGCUGAUAAAACUGAUUCUGACAAAUAUCUUAGAAAUUUGCAUGAUUUAUAUGGAAGAACAGUGAAAUUAUCAAAUGAAUUGAAAAUGUUUAAUAUGGGUACUGAUGAUAGUUACCUUAAAAAAUUAACUAGAAAUAUAUUUCAAAAAUAUUUAGAUACUUACAUCACCACUGAGAUGAAAGCAUUGCGGGAAAAAUCAGCAGCUUUAUUAAUUGAAUAUUAUGAAUCCAAAAAUCACCAAAAAAAGCAACUACAAACUGGUGGUUUUCAAGAAUUACGUCGUGAUUUACAAGCUGCACUUGCAGCAAGAACAAACAUAAAUAUUGCUCAAAUAGAAGAUUAUGGUGGAGAAACAUUUCUUUCAGAAGAAUUAGCUAUUGCACUUUUACAAAGAAGUAAAAUGGCUUUUCAAAGAUGCCAAUUAUUAUCACAGCUAAAUGAUUUAUCUGUAAAUGCAGCUCAAAUUUUUGAAACAUUGUUACAAUAUUUGAUAAAUGAACAUGUUGAUUAUGCACUAGAGUUAGGAUUACAAAGUGUACCAAUACCAGAAAGUAGAACUCAACCAGAAAUACAUUUUUUCAAUGUCAUGCAUCAAUGCAAUGCAAUAGUUCGCCUUUUGGAAGAACAAUUUAAUGAUAGUGUGCUUCCUCUCAUUAUGGGUACAGCAAAACAUGGAGAUUGUAUGUUAAAGAAAAAAGUUGUAUUAGAUCAAAUUGAUAUGAAACUAGAUACAGGUUUAGAAAGAAGUAUAAGUGCCAUUGUUGGCUGGGUUAAGAUUUACUUACAAAAUGAACAGAAAAAAACUGAUUUUAAACCUGAUACUGAUGUAGAUACUUUAAGUACUUCAGCUUGUCUGACAGUAGUGCAAUAUGUAACAGGAAUGAUACGUCACAUUAGAAAUACCCUAGAUGGGAAGAAUUUAGAAACUGCUUUAACAGAACUUGGAGUUCGAUUUCAUAAAGUAAUUUAUGAUCAUUUACAACAAUUUCUAUUUAAUUCUGCUGGUGCAAUGUGUGCAAUAUGUGAUAUGAAUGAAUAUAGAAAAUGUGUUAAAGAACUUGACGUUGAUGUUGUUACAUCAUCAUUUGAUACAUUGCAUGCAUUAUGCAAUUUACUUUUAGUAAAACCAGAAAAUUUGAAACAAGUGUGCUCAGGAGAUCAAUUGGCUGUACUUGAUCGUUCAGUUUUACUUAACUUCAUUCAAUUGAGGACAGACUACAAAACUCAGAAAUUAGCUAAUUGUCUAAAAGGCCUUGCAACGUGAUAAUAUAUUUUAUCCAUACAAAUUUUGAAUAAUGUUGAAUACUAUAUGAAAUUAACGAUGAUUGGCCAUAAGAUUAUCAUGUAAAAUGAAAUAUGUAUGCAAAAAGGAAUUGUUAUUUGUAAAUAGUAACAUACAUGUGUCUCUUUCUCUUUCUUUAAGUAUAUACCACAUAUUGUAAAAUAAAUUAACCUUUUUGAUAUUUGAAGUAAAAAGUAAAAAAUAUUUAAACAUAUGACAUUCUAUGUUAAAUUGAAAUUAGCAAAAGUAUAUUCCUUUUAUAGCAAAUGUAUACUAACAAUUUAUUAAUGUAUAAUAAUUGUCAUAAAGAAACUUCCUUUCUAGGGCUCAUUAUUUCUUUCAUCUCUUUUAAUUAUGUACAUGACAUAACUAAGUAUAGGAUAAGAACAUGCUUCCGCUUCAAUUAUAUUAGAAAAAAUUUUCAUUUACACCAUUGCACAUGAAAUUUAUACAUUGAUUUAGUUCCAAUAUCUAACUAAAAGAAUGUAAAAUAUAAAAUUAUAUCAUCUUUCAUAAUAGUGCAGUAAACAUUAAAACAAAUUUUUAAUUUUAUUAACACUAAAUUGCUUUAUAUUGAGUAAUAUUGUAAUAAGUAAUGUAAUAUAUGACAUCUCUAUCUCUCUCUUAAAAAUUAAGUCGAAUCAAGAGAUGAAUAUUAAUGUAUUAAAAAUGAUCACACGUGUUUUGUAUAUUGACGCGUAUACUUAAUAAAUAUAUUAAUUCCACAUUA